AUGGCACGUAGUGUCUUAGGUAUUCAAGCACCAUUAAAACUUCAAACAGAACUACAAAUUGCCAAGAAAAUUGGUCGUUUACCGUGCCUACCAAGUUCACGAUUGAUGCUCGAUGUUCUACGUGGUACUAAUGAAGACAUAUCAUUCGAUGAUAUUUUAAAUAAUCCUCGAGAAUUCGGUGAAAUUCAAGUUGAUCCACAUUUAGCCAUGGACAAACAUGAUCGAUUAUUUUGA